AUGACAUGUGUGCAGAAACGCAAUGAAGACGUCGCUCGAGAGCCUGAAGGUGGUUGGCUGACGGUGUGGAAGGACCCGGAGACAACGAGCAGCGCUCUCAAGCUGAAUGUGCGCUGCCUGUUCCUGGGGGGCCUCUGGUCCAAGUCCAGGGGUCCACUCUACCUGGCUUACAGCGCCUUCAUCCAGCUGUGCAGCUUCGCCUACAUCGCCAUGUGCAUGGUCAGCAUAUUCUCUGCGGAGGGCGACAUCAACGACGUUACGCUCACCUUGCUGCACACCUUCGAGGUGGUCUGUGGCGUUCUCAAAGCGGCCAUCUUCUACCUGAAACGGCACGAAUAUUACGAGAUCGUACGCAGCUUGGACGAACUCAUGUCCGCCCAACGUCAGUACUUAACUGUAAGCAGAGACCAAGAUCUGUUGGUGAUGCUGGAAGCAGCACACAAGAAAGCCAAUUUCUUGACGCUCGUGCUUACAGGGUACAUUUAUGGGCUAGUUUUCGUGUGGUUGCCAUUCCCUUUGAUACUUUGCCCUUCCGAAAGGUUACUGCCCUUGAUACCGCUACCAGGAAAAUAUUACAAGGAGCCUCUCUUACUCUACAUCACCGUGUACGCCAUUCAGAGUUUCGUUCCGCUUUCAUUGAUUAUGGUCGUGGACGGUCUCGACUGCUUCUUUGUGUCUUCGAUGGUACACACCGAAGCUCUCCUCAAAGUUGUGUCGGAGCGCAUCGCAUCUCUUGGGCACCUUCCCUAUACAGACUUCACGGUGCAGCGAUUUUCUGGUCUGGAGCAGGAAACACGCAGAAUGGAUGUUGGAAACAACUCAGAUUGGACAGCAGAGUUGCGUUCGUGCAUUGUGUGCUAUCAAAAGAUCAUAGAGUUUCUACAAAGACUGGAGAAGGCUAUGAACAUCAUGGUGCUUAUACAGCUUUCCUUCUCAAUGCUCAAUCUUUGUAUGGCAUUGUACCAGCAGACUAAAAUUCCGGAUUUGUCUUCAGCGCUAAAAUACAUACUUUAUCUACCGUUCCCUACAAUGAAAAUCUUUUUCUACUGUUGGGCCGCUCACAGCGUAAAGGAACAGCGGCCACGUUAG